AUGCCUCCUCUUUCCCUGAAACAGAUCUCUGUUCAAAAGGAUGGGGAAGGCAAUGAUGGCCGGUUUGACCCUGCUGACCCGCGCACCUGGCCGAGCAAAUGGAAAUGGAUCAAUAUCCUGCUCAUUUCGAUGCAAGGCACGCUCUCCCCGAUCGCGUCCACAAUUCUCGUGAUGGGAACCACACAACUCAUGUCGGAUUUCUCGCUGACCAACACAUACGUCGCCGCUCUACCUAUCGGUCUUUACGUGCUUGGUCUAGGCAUCGGACCGCUCUUCGUGGCACCCUGCUCGGAGGUUUACGGACGUCGAGUGGCCUACGUUGUAAGUUUCUGUAUCUUCACCGUGCUCAAUGUCGGGUGCGCCUUAUCGCCAAACAUCGGGGCCUUGAUCGUCCUCCGUCUGUUGUCUGGCAUGGCUGGAUCGGCCGGUCCCAGUCUUGGGGGCAGCAGUGUCGGCGACAUGUUCCGGCCGGAGGAACGAGGAAAAGCGCAAGCUGUGUACUCUUUGGGCCCAACUUUCGGACCGGUCCUGGGCGGAGUGAUGGGCGGGUUCAUCGUACACGGCACUGGGGGCUGGCGGUGGCUGCUGUGGGUGAUGGCCAUUGCUUCGGGGGUUACGAGUGUGGCGGCCAUCUUCCUGCAGCGCGAGACGUACCGGCCCUUCUUACUGCGGCAGAAGCAAGGCCUUGAGGGUGCCGUCACCCAUCCUCGAGCACAUAUCGAGCUGUUGAAGGUUUUACGCGUCGCUUUGACUCGGCCCGUUCGCCUUCUCUUCACCUCGCCGAUCUGCACAUUUAUGAGUCUUUACCUUUCCCUGAUUUACGGAAUCCUCUACCUCCACCUCAUAACCAUCCCACUCCUCUACGGCCCCGUCCCCAUCCCUCCGCUCUUCUCCUACCGCUGGACCGGCGGCACGACCGGGCUCGCCUUCCUCGGCGCGGGAAUCGGUUCCCUCUUCGGCACCGCCGUCUGCGCCCGCUUCCUGAACCGCUCCUACGCCCGCGCUGCGCGCCACCACGCCGGCAAAUUUGGCCAGCCCGAGGUCGCGAUUGCCCCAAUCCGAAUGCCUGAGUUCCGGCUGCCCUUCCUCCAAGCCGGAAUGGUCAUCGUCCCCGCGGGACUGAUCAUCUUCGGGUGGAGCGCGGAGAAGCAGACGCACUGGGUGGUGCCCCUGGUCGGGGCCUGCGUGCUGGGGAUGGGGAUGCUGAUGGGCUACGUCGCCAUCCACGCCUACCUGGUCGAUGCGUUCGAGCAGUACGCGGCGAGCGCGCUGGCGGCGGCGGUGAUCACUCGAUGCGUGCUGACCUGUGUCUUGACAGUGGUCGGAUCGGAGUUGUAUCGGCGGCUGGGGUAUGCUUGGGGAUCGAUGCUCCUAGCAUUCAUUUGCAUCGCGAUGAUCCCGAUUCCAUUUUUCUUGGAACGGUAUGGGCCGCAGUUGCGCGCGAGGACGAUUCGACUUUAGAAACAAGCGGAAAGAUGACGAAGAUUGGCCCGAAUCCCGGGCGGAAGAGUUGGACAGAGUUGAUGUAAAAUGCGGUCAAGUUGAGGGAUUUGGAGCCUGGUAUUACGUGAUUGGCAACAUGCAUGAGUCAUUGAGUUCCGGAGAUAGUCUGUCGCAAGCAUAUGGU